GCGCCCCUCGCCUCGGUGCUGGGGGACCUCGCCACGAACCUGACGGCGGUGGCGGCCUGCGGCGCGGUCGCCUACUUCGACUUGCAGAAGGAGCAGGCCCGAGAGCGCGCGGCGCUGGAGGGUGCGCUCGUGGCGCGGGUGCGGGUCUUGCCACAGGGCGACGACGAGCGGGACCAGGGCACGCUCAAGCUGAGCGACCUGCGCGCCGGGAGGAGCGAGAACUCCCGCAGGCCCGUGCUGUGCCUGGGGGACGCGGAUUACUGCUUGAGCUGCCUGAGCUCCUCCAGAUCCCUAGCCGAGGCCAUGGAGAGCUCCGACUUCCUAGUAGUACCCGUGGUGACAGGCGAGUACGGGCUCGGAAAGUCUCAGGAGCUGGACGAGGCCGCGCGAGGCGUGCCCUACGUUGCGCUGCCGACCCCAGGCCUCGACAAGAAAGAGCAGCAGGACUGGGCAGACUUCAUCGAGAUGCAGCAGAUCCUGGCGAAGGAGCAGGGCCUGGACGACAGCAAAGGUCUGGUCAUUAUUGUCAAGAAGAACGGGCGGAUCGGACUGCGGGCCCUGGGCUGCCCCGACUGGGAGGCCAUGACCGGGGACGUGGCGGCCCGAGCGGAGGCCGGGAUGGACACGCAAAACAUCUGA